UCUAGGGUAUGAUGAUAUAACCCUAGCUUUGUUUGAAAAAAAACUGUUUUACCCCUCAAGGGCUUCAAAAUUGCAAUUUUAUUAGAAAGACCCGCGUCUUCUCGACUAGGUCCGGGUCGCCAUUCAGGUCAGGUUGAACGACUCUCCUCCGACAACUUGGGACACAUGGCACGCCAUUAUUGGACAGCAGAACACCCCUAUACACUAUAAAUACUCUAUGCUCAAUGCAUUUAUGGUACAUCGUUUUUUACUCACUUUUUUAUUUAGGUCGCUUAGACUCGCUAGUUCGACAUAGACCAGUUUAUUAGCGACCUUAAUACCAAGCACUAACUUAAGUAUCGACGGAGGAAUCGUAGUUGGGCCAUCCCGACAAGCCUAACAAUCUACUUCUCUUUUCUCGUAUCCUUACAUUAGUUUGGGAGAGAAAGCAAUCCCGAACCUUUUGGAGAUCAGUUCAUCCGACCAGAAAAUCGCCUAGAUUUCGACCCGGAUCAAGCUUGCAUCCGAGACAAUGGACAAGGUCGUAGUAUGUACAUUUUCCGGCUUUGACUUGGAGUUCAAUACUUCAGUGUACUGUAAUUUCCCUGGAUUUGAUUUGGGCAAUUGUAUUGUGAUGUAAUUAUGUUGGCAAAACCGUAGUUUAUUACUUUCUUCUUCUGGUAAACUAGUUUAUGACAAAAUGAUUUCUGAAUUAUGACGUUCUUCUGAAGCUAUCCUCGAGUAGACGAAUAGUGUGAUUUUCUUUUCUUCUUUUCAUUCUUUUAAUAAUUUUUUAAAGAAAAGAACAAUGAAACUCCAAAAAAGGCGGCGCCAACUCGUUUUAUUUAGUAUAAUGGCGUAGACUAUUGUUGAAUGCUCGUUGGAGCUCAGUAGUUUAAGACUGCAAGUGGUGAUUUUGAUGAGGCUCCGAUCAAUACAUAACUCAUAACUAUUAGCAUUUUCAUGGCAAAAGCUUAGGAAAAGAUGUCUGCUAUAUAUGAUAACUGGGAGAGGCUAGUCGCAGCUGUUUUCAGAAAGCAGCAGCUUUGGGAACUUUUUCACGAUCACUCUAGGAGCCCUAGCAUACUGUCCGAAGCAUCAGACUUCAGUUCUAGCUUCAAUUUGGGUUCUCCCUUUCAUGAUCUAGCCCUGGACUUUUCUAGGCUUGGAAGUUUUUCGAGGCCACAUAAAACAACUGGAAGGCUGGCUCUCGUUUCGGAUUUUAGUUCCGCUUUUGAUGUUGAAGAUGUAUUCCUAGCUUCUGCUGGCUUACUUGGGAGGGGAACUUUUGGGACUACUUAUACGGUUGCAAUGGGAAAUGGGGUAAAAAUUGUGGUGAAGAGAUUGAAGUCUAGGAAUAUUUCAGAACAAGAGUUCAAAAAUCAGAUGGAGAUUGUUGGAAAUGUUAGACAUGAGAAUGUGGCUGCCCUAAGGGCUUAUUAUUCUUCAGAAGAUGAAAGGCUGAUGCUGUAUGAUUAUUACAGUGAUGGCAGCGUCCAUGCAUUAUUACAUGGACAAACUGGUCAAAGUAAAUCUCAUGUAGACUGGGAAACCAGACGGAGAAUUGCAAUUGGUGCCGCAAGGGGUAUUGCUGCAAUACACGCACAAAAUGGUGGGAAGCUUGUCCAUGGAAACAUAAAAGCAUCAAAUGUUUUUCUUAAUUCUCAAGAGGCUGGCUGUGUAUCAGAUCUUGGCUUGGCAACCGUGGUAGAGACAGCAUUUAUGCCAACUGCAGGGUGCUAUGAUCCACAAGUCAAGAAUGCUAGAGAUGUCUCCCAAGCAUCAGAUGUCUAUAGCUUUGGGAUUUUGCUCCUCCAACUUCUCACUAGAAAAUCCCCUGCGCAUGUCCCCGGUGGUCCUAUGGCUGUUGACCUAAUCAAGUUGGUAACUUCUGUGAAAAGCAAGGAGAGGGCUGCUAAGGCGUUUGAUGCAGAACUACUGAUGUAUCCUUGGAUAAGGGAUCAAGCGGUUAUAAUGUUACAAAUAGGAAUAGCAUGUGUAGCAAAAUCAGUAAAGAAGAGACCUAAAAUGUCUCAAGUAGUGAAGAUGUUAGCAGAUAUUUGUAUAAUGAACCCAGCAAGUACAAUGAAUCCUCAAAAUCUGGGUUGCUUAUGCAAAGAACUUGUAUUUAUUGAGGGUGCUAAUCCUAAAUUUGAGCUUGAGGAUUUGUUAGGGGCCUCUGCUGAGGUGCUUGAAAAAGGGACAUUUGGGACCUUUUGCAAGGCAAGAUUAGAAAAUGGAAUCACAGUGGCGGUUAGGAGAUUGAAGGAUGUAAUUGUAACAUUUGAGGAUUUUCAGCAGCAAAUGAAGGUCAUUGGAAAAAUGAGGCAUGAGAACGUUGCUAAACUGAUGGCGUACUACUUUUCAAGAGAUGAUACUCUCUUGGUUUAUGAUUAUUACGAUAAGCAGAGCAUAUCUGAUUUGCUACACAGUAAGUAGAAGUAAGAAUAUGGAGCAUCUGGUCUGCCUCGCUUGUCAUGUGAAUUUCACCAACCAAAGGUUCCCGUAAAUGAUCUUUGUUGAGUGGCCCGGAAUUGCUUAUACCUUUACUCUCUCUCCUUUGCUGAUAUAAACUUGAUACUUGAUGUUAGUUAAUACACAAACCAUGAUGGUUGAAUCUACGUAACUCUGAAUGCAUAUUGAUGAAAUUUCAUAAGCUUCUUCAGUUUUUUAUAUCUAGUCCUAUGUUAAUUUUAGAUCCAACAAGCAUAGGCACCUCUCGCUGUGGCUACCUUGUAGAGGAACUACUGGAGGGUGCCCUGGCUGGAGAUAGCACUCCUAUGAUAAAGGCAUCUCAUUCAGAUAUUAUCAUUAUUGCAAUUAACUUGCAUUUUUUUGGAGUUGUAGCUAAAACUUACCUACAAUAGACCAUUGUCAAAUUGCGUUUUCUUAUUAAAAUUGUUUGAAUCAAUUUGGGAAAUGGCUUUUUUUCUUUAUUGCAGGUUAUAUAUGUUUCAAAAAUUGGCACUGAAUUCCUCCAUUGUUGUAGCUUUACAUUAUGCUAUCCAAGCACAUUGUAUCUAUGAUCAAUUAGAAAUAAGAUAAUUGCUUUUUCUCCUACUUUGCCGGGUUCAGAGGUAUUGGUCGGAAACCUUUAGACUGGGAGACCCGGCUGAAAAUUGCGGUAGGUGCAGCAAGGGGUGUUGCUCACAUCCAUAGACAAGAUGGUGAGAAGCUUGUGCAUGGAAAUAUAAAAUCCUCAAACAUUUUCUUCGAUGGGCAAAAUUACAGCAUUGUCGGUGAUGCUGGAUUGGCGAAACUAAUGCGUCCAAUCAGAAGGUCAGCUGUCAGGGAUCCUCACUACUAUCCUGCGGAAGUUACAGACACCAGGAAGGUGUCUCAAGCUUCUGAUGUCUACAGCUUUGGCGUUGUGCUGCUUGAACUUGUCACAGGACGGACAUCUUCUCAAACAACCACGGAUGGUGGUGAUGUCAUCUCACUAGUUAACUGGAUUCAGUCUGUUGUUCGCGAAGAAUGGAC